AUGCAAUCCGAGUACGAUUACAUGGAAGAGGGGAAAGAAGCUUUCGGUGGUGAAGAAACCACUAAACUUCAAAAGAGAGAUUAUGAGUCUUUUGAGUCUUUUGUUGAGGAAGAAGCUGGUGAAGUAGAAAACGAGGAAGAAGAGGUCGAAGAAGAGGAGGAUGAAGAGGACGAAGACGAGGACGACGAAUAUGAGGAAGACGGAAAGAAGCAUAAGAAGCGUCGUAAGGAACCAGAAUUCAUUGCACAAGAUGAGACUGAAGAUGCUCAAGAUAUUGACUACAUGCAAUCACGUCAUCUUGAGCUUAAUCGCCGAAGAGACGAGGAAGAGGACUUUGAUCCGGAGGCUCUAGCUUCUGAAUUGAAAUCUCGUCACGGUAGAAAGCGUGUCACAAGAGCUACAGGAACAGAUUUGCCGAGUUUCGCGCAAAUUCCGGAUGUACAUCAGCCAAAUAUUUGGGUGUUGAAGUGCAAGCCUGGAAAGGAAAAAGAAAUUGUAUGCUAUUUCAUGAAAAAAUCUGUAGAAAAUGAAUAUUCUCAACAUCCUCUCGAGAUACUUUCUGUGUCUUAUCGUGAGUCGCUGAAAGGUUAUAUUUAUGUGGAGGCUUGGCAACUUGCACACGUUAUUAGGGCUGUAACAAACGUCAACAACUUGUAUGCAUCUAAAAUACAACUGGUGCCAUUGAAUGAGAGAGGUCAAGUUUUCGAUGUAAGAAAAAAACAAGUCGAUCUGGUUGUUGGUGGUUGGGUUCGAGUCAAGAAAGGAAAAUUCAUUGGAGACUUGGCACAGAUUGUAGCUGUUGCAGAAUCCGGUGAUUCUUGUAAAGUCAAACUGAUUCGACGCGCUUUAAAAGACGAUGAUAGCAAAAUGCCUGGAGGAAAACGAAAAAAACCUAGUUAUUCGUCAUCUGAAUCUAGGCGUGGAUACAUUGAACGUGACAUUAAAAUCACGAAUUUGGAAAUGACAAGCCCAUCUAUGGACGAAAUCUCCCAAUUCCAUGCCGCCGGCAAUGACGAAGAAGUAUCAAAAACUUUGGCCGAAACUUCUCUACCUGCUAUGGUCUUGAGGACAGAUUUCGAAAUAGGCGAGGAAGUCGAAACCAUAAAUCUCCCCAAAAGAUCAGGCAUUAUAGAGAGAAUCGAAAAAAAUAUUGUAUAUUUUGUUGGAGCUUUUGGGCGUCAGAUGGAAGAGCAAAUAACGCAACUCCAAAAGAAGUUUGCUGUUGGUGAUCAUGUGAAAGUGUUGAAUGGCAAACAUCGAAAUGUAACUGGCAUGGUGGUUAGCAUUUCCGGCUCUAUUGUUACAAUAGUCUCGGAUAGCACCAAUGAAAAUAUUACGGUCUUUUCAAAGGACUUGAGAAAAGCUGCAGAGAUAACUCGUAGUAACAAUACUACAUUAUCUAAAUAUGAAUUACACGACUUAGUCAAAAUAGAUCAAGUUUCUGUCGGAGUUAUUGUACAUGUAGAACCCGGUAUAUUCCGAAUAUUAGAUCAAAAUGAAAAACUCUCAAGUCUUGAAGCAAGUCAAAUUCUAUACAAAGUCGAAUCUAAAAAGCAGCCAGUUACUGACGCUAAAGGAAAUCCAUUGAAAACAGGUGACUUUGUCGAAGAAAUUGAUGGUGACUUCCGAGAAGGUAGUUUGUUACACUUAUUCAAACAUUUUGCCUUUGUAAAGAAUCGGUCGGGCGUGGAAAACGGAGGUGUAUUUGUCACUAAAUUUAAAUCACUAUUAAAUAAAAGUACAAAAUCUGGUACAAUUGCUUAUGAUAAAUUAAAUCCCGCAAUAGCAGCUUCAAUGAAUCAAAGACUCCCUCCACCACCGCCACCUCCAACGCGUAACCCCUCUUUUGGAAAUCGAGGUCGGGGCAGGGGAGGUCACUUUGGCGGUGGUAGGGGACGUCGAGAUGAACUGAUAGACAAAACUGUGACAAUUAUUCAUGGCCCUUAUAAAGGUUAUAUUGGGAUAGUGAAAGAAACUUCGGAUUCAACGGCUAGAGUCGAAUUGCACACUAAUUCUAAAAUUAUAAACGUGGAAAAGUCUAAAUUACAAAUGCGAGAUCAAAAUGGUGGAAGUAGACCCGUCUCUUUAGAAUAUGGAGGUGGUAGCAGUAACUAUGGCUCACCUGCAUUCUCUGGAUCUACUUGGCGCCCUGAUCGUUCAUCUCAAUGGUCAGGAUCUCGAACUCCGGCAUGGAAUUCAACAAUGUCUCCAAAUCCUCUUAUCAGUGAUGGUUCAAGGACACCAGCUAUACACUUAAACGAUGGGUCAAGAACACCUGCUAUACACAUGAACGAUGGAUCAAGAACACCGUCAUGGGAUCUUGGAAGCAAAACUCCAGCCUGGGGUACUGACGGAUCUGAAACACCAGCCUGGGAUUCCGGAAGUAAAACACCACGAUGGGCUGAUGGAUCCAGAACUCCAGCCUACUCAUCAGAUUAUCCAGGAAGUCCAGCUACCGAUUCUACUACAAGCUUCACAGCACCAACACCCGCACCUGAUACACCUGGUUUUAUUGCUGCAACUCCGGGAGUUAAUACACCCUCGAAUUAUACAGCUCCAACUCCAGGACCUUUUUCUGCACCUACACCAGCUCCUUUCUCUGCACCUACACCAGCGCCUUGA